CAACGGCCAGGCAGCCCCCCAGGAGAGACACAGGGGACAGGGCUCAGGUGGGCUGGGGCCUGGGGAGGGAGGGAGAGUCCCGCGGCCUCUGAACCAGAAGCUCAUUUCAUGCAUCAUUCCCCGGCUCAGCUUCCGCCCUCAGCUUCCCCUUCUGCAGUCACGACAGGCCAGGGAACGGCCUGGCUCAGGGCAGGCCUCGUGCCUCCCGAUGCCAAGAUGCCGCUGCCGCUGCUGUCCCUGCUGUCCCUGCUGCUGGCCGGGUCCCAGGCUCAGCACCAGGGGUUCCAGCUGGACGUGCAGGGUUCCGCGACCGUGCAGGAGGGCCUGUGUGUCUCCGUGCCCUGCCGCGUUGCCUACCCUGCGAUUGGCUGGCUGGAGUCCACCCCGGCUUAUGGCUACUGGUUCAGAGAACGGACCGACUCGAAGACGGGUGCUCCAGUGGCCACAAACAACCCGAACCGAGAGGUGGAAACAAGGACACAGGGCCGCUUCCAGCUCCUCGGGAACCCCCAGAACCAUAGCUGCUCCCUGGUGAUCAGAGAUGCCAGGAGGGAGGACGCGGGAGUAUACUACUUUCGGGUGGAGAGAGGAAGCUAUGUAAAUUACAAUUUCAGGAACGCGUUCUCUCUGGCAGUGCCAGCCUUGACUCAGGAGCCAGAUGUCUACAUCCCGGAGACCCUGGAGCCCAGGCGGCCGGUGACAGCCAUCUGUGUGUUUAACUGGGCCUCCGAGGAUUGUCCAGCCCCUUCUUUCUCCUGGACGGGGGCUGCCCUCUCCUCCGGAGGAACCGGGCCCGCCACCUCCCACUUCUCCGUGCUGAGCCUCACGCCGAGACCCCAGGACCACGACACCAGCCUCACCUGCGGAGUGACCUUCCCUGGAAGUGGCAAGAGCACACAGAGGACCGUCCGGCUCAGCGUGGCCUACGCCCCCAGAGCCCUGGCUGUCAGCAUUUCCUGGGACAACGGGCCAGCCCUGCAGCCCCAGGGCACCGUCCCACUCGUGCAAGCCCAGAAAGGCCAGUUCCUGCGGCUCCUCUGCGCUGCUGACAGCUGGCCCCCGGCCACGCUGAGCUGGACCCUGGGGGACAGAGUCCUGUCUUGGUCCCACCCCUGGGGCCCCAGAACCCUGGGGCUGGAGCUGCCCCGGGUGCGGGCUGGGGACUCAGGGCGCUACACCUGCCGAGCGGAGAACAGGCUUGGCUGGCAGAACCGCAGCCUGGAGCUCUCCGUGCAGUAUCCUCCAGAGAACCUGACGGUGCUGGUUUCCCAAGCAAACAGAACAGUCCUGCAAACCCUGGGGAAUGACACGUCCCUCCCAGUCCUGGAGGGCCAAAGCCUGCGCCUGGUGUGUGUCGCCCUGAGCAACCCCCCAGCCAGGCUCAGCUGGGCUCAGGGGAGCCGGACCCUGAGCCCGUCCCAGCCCUCAGAGCCUGGGGUCCUGGAGCUGCCCCGGGUCCAAACAGAGCACGAAGGAGAAUUCACCUGCCACGCCCAGCACGCCCUGGGCUCCCUGAACGUCUCGCUGAGCCUCUCUGUGCACUACCCCCCGCAGCUGCUGGGCCCCUCCUGCUCCUGGGAGGCCGAGGGGCUGCGCUGCAGCUGCUGCUCCCGCGCCCAGCCCGCCCCCUCCCUGCGCUGGCGGCUGGGGGAGGGGCUGCAGGAGGGGACAGGCAGCCAGGGCUCCUUCAGGGACACCCCCAGUGCAGCCGGGCCCUGGGCCAACAGCUCCCUGAGCCUCCCAGGGGGGCUCAGCUCCGGCCUCAGGCUCAGCUGCGAGGCCCGGAAUGUCCACGGGACGCGGAGCGGCACCGUCCUGCUGCUGCCAGGCAGGAAGCGCCCCUGCUCAACAGCACUCUCUAAUGGAGUGUUUCUGGGAAUCGGCAUCACGAUGGUCCUUUUCCUCUGCCUCACUCUGAUCAUCGUGAAGAUUCUGUGGAAGAAACAGACUCAGGCGGAGACUCCAAGGCCCCGGCUUUCCCGGGGCAGCACGAUCCUGGAUUACAUCAACGUGGUCCCUAGGGCCGGUCCCCUGGCUCGGAAUCGGAAGGCCUCACCAACCAGCCCUGCCCGGACCCCUCCUCCAGGCGCUCCCUCCCCGGAAUCCAAGAACCAGAAGGAGCUACACCUUGUCUCCCUCGGCUGCCCAGGACCCAGAGUGCCCACUCAAGACCCAGAAUACGAGAACCACCAAGAGGAGCUCCACUACGCUGGCCUCAACUUCCUGGGCAUGCGACCCAGGCCUGAGGCCCAGAGGCCCAAAGAUACCCAGGAGGAUUACGCAGAAAUCAAGUUCCACUGAGGCUCUCUUGAGCUUUAGGACCAGGACCUCGGCUAGGGAGAGAAGUAGAGCAAUAAAGCAGUUGAGGAGAACCGAGUACAAAGUCUCUCUUUCUCUGUCUCUCUUUUUUCAAGUCCUCCAAGGUUGGGUCAUACCACCCCAGACCCAGGCACUCCGAACAGCUUGACAAGUCUGUCCCAAGGCCUGUCUGCACGCGGCGUUCUGAGAGGCCAGGCACAGAUCGGCCUCACAUGCCGCGCACCAGCCCAGGGGCUUGCUCAGUCUGAGUCUCAAAGCGGGAGGGCCCUUAGAGGGGGCUAGACAGUGUCACCUAGGAGGCUCCCCACCAUGCACACAUCACCUGCGAGCCAAGAGUGUCUUAUACAUUUUACAUAGUUGGGGGGAAAAAUCAAAGGAAGCCUGUUUCAUGAAAUGUGGGAAUGAGAUAAAAUCCAAACUUUAGCGUGCAUGAAGUUGGGCGCCCAGCCACGCCCCUUCGACAGAUCGUUUGCAGCUGCUUUCAGACCGUUGGCCUGCAGAGCCCGAAUUUCCGUACUAUCUCAUCCCUUACCGGAAAAGUCUGCUGGAUCUUAACCUACAUUAACUCACUCGUUUUCGCAGAAGCCCAGAAAGAGUUCAAGAGCAGCCAUGGCCAAAAUGACUAGGUCUGUCACCGCACGGAGGUUCCCAGGGUAACGAUUUAAAGGUCAGGAGUCCCGUGGGGCGCGUGCUGAUGCUCUCUCAGACCCAGCAAUCUCGGGAACAGCGAUGCUGUGAGGGGAGGGAGGCGACAGCCAACGUACAACGCGCUAGAGCCACACUGUCCCCGGCUGGUGAGCGGAGUGGGAGAGGAGCCUACUCCUCAGGGCACAGCGUGUCCCUUUUCUCGCCUGACCUCCUCCCUCCCCAGAGCUCACAGCCCUAACCGGCUCCAGGAAGGUCCCCUUGGGGAUGGUCACCACGCGUACAACAGUCGAAAGCACAGGAAAGGAGCUGACCUUCGUAAUUUUUUUAAAGUAACACAUCACACAAUGAGAAGACUGGGAAAACUGAAAGCAAAUGGGCGGAGCAGAAGGGGCACGGGGGCUCAGGUGACGAAGGGCACAAAGGUGGGCGGAGUGACAGUGAGAACGGAAGGGGAGGAAGGGAACUGCCCUUUUGGUCACCUAGUGCGUAUUCGUAGUUAUCCCCUUCGAGAAAAGCUGUGUAAGACAGACGGGAUCUCCACUGCGAAGACUCAGAGAGGUGAAUUAUCUUGCCUAAAGCCACACAGGAGAGAAACCUGCAGAAGCGGGAGCCCCAUCCGCGGCUGUCCCGCGCCAAAGCCAGCUCUCCUGCUGUUGCACGG